AUGCUUCGUCAAACAUUGCUCAGAACUACUAGAUCAUCUGCAUUAUACAGACAACAAGUUGUUGUCUCAAGAAACUACGGUAUUGUGGAUGCUGCCACCAAGGCUGUAUUUGGAGAAAAGGGGUUGAAGGAGAAGAAAUUGAAAGAGGGUGAACUUGAAAAUGAAGCUGAAUCAGCCAAUUUGACUGCCGGAAGGAAACUCGCCAAUGGUAUCCAAGAUGCUCAAGAUGCUGCACACGAUGCCAAGGUGGAUACACGUGAUUUUGCCAAAGAUGCAGACUCUAUUGCUUCGAAAGCCAACCUCAAGACAGGUAAAGUGUUGGCUGAUGGAAUUGAAAAUGCUGAAAAUGUUACUGAGGGUGCCAAGGAUGUUACAAAGAAUGCUACUGAAAAAGUAAAGAAUGCAGCUGACGACAUCAACAAGACCACUGGCCGAGUGUUGGCCGAUGGUAUUCAAACUGCCCAGGAUACUGUUGGCGAUACUGAUAAUAUCAUUGACAAGACUAAGGAAACUGUGGCUGCAGGUGCCGAGAAGGUGAAUAAGAAAGUUGGUGAUGUUUUGGCUGAUGGAAUACAAGCAGGUCAAAAUAUCGUUGAUGGCGUAACUGCAGACAAGGUCAAUAAGAAGACCGGUAAUGUUUUGGCUGAUGGCGUUGAGAAGGGAGAAGAGCUUGCAAACAAGGCCCUGGAGGCUGGUCAACAAGCCGCUAACAAGGCAAAGGAAACACUUGGUGGUGCCAAACAGGAAGAGGACAUUUUGAAGGAGAAGGCAUCUCAAGCCACUCAAAGCUUUAGCAGAAAGAAUGAAGAAGGUUCGAAUGGUGAUCCAGCAUUGGCUAAGGAAUCAUCUCAAGAAUUUCUGGAAACUAAGGCUGAAGGUAAGCAAAAGGUGAGAGAAAAUGUACAAGGACAAGGUUACAGCAGUUUGCAACAAAAGGGUAGAGAUGCCCACACCGAGCAAAAUAGACCAGACGACGGUGUAUACUAA